UUGGCCUCGGGGUUCCUCUUUGACGCUCCGUGCCGGCUUCAACACCUCCCCACGCGCUCGCCCCGAAGACAACCUGAGGAUUGAAGAAGUGUCCGAGGCUAGCUCAUGAUGUACAGCUUCAUGGGAGGGGGGCUGUUUUGCGCAAUUGUGGGGAACAUCUUGCUGGUGGUCUCCACGGCAACAGACUACUGGAUCCAGUACCGCCUGUCGGGUAGCUUCGCCCACCAGGGUCUGUGGAGGUACUGCAUGUCGGGCAAGUGCUACAUGCAGACGGACAGCAUCGCCUACUGGAACGCCACGCGUGCCUUCAUGAUCCUGUCGGCCAUGUCCUGCUUCGCCGGCAUCAUCGCAGGCAUCCUGUCCUUUGCACACUUCUCGGCCUUCGAGAGAUUCAACCGCUCCUUCGCCGCCGGGAUCAUGUUCUUUGUUUCAACUCUGUUUGUCCUGCUGGCCAUGGCCAUCUACACCGGCGUCACCGUCAACUUCCUGGGCAAGCGCUUUGGAGACUGGCGCUUCUCCUGGUCCUACAUACUGGGCUGGGUGGCGCUGCUCAUGACCUUCUUCGCAGGAAUAUUCUACAUGUGUGCCUACAGGAUGCACGAGUGCAGACGAGUGGCUGGCCCACGGUGACAAGGAUGCCACACCCUUCCGGAAUAAAUGGAUACUACUCCUACUACUCCUACUACUACUACUACUACUACAUCUUCGACUCUCUGUGCUUCUGGACACAAAUAUUGUAUUUAGUCAGGAAGACUGCAUGUAUUUUCACAUAUCCUGAAUAAUAUUGUUAGCAAUAAUACUCAGAAAUCAAAUCAUCAAAAUAAUUGGACUUUGCUGUUACUUUAUCCAAUAAAAUAUGUCCUGUAGUUUUGGGACAAAAUCAUGUACAAAAAAAACCUAAACUACCUCAUUUCAAUCAUUUCAAAAUAAUAACAUUACUGCAAAAAUGUUUGUGAUUAAUAAAUAACUUUGGGGGGUUGCAAUAAAUUUGUUGUUUUUUGGGAUAUAUAUAUAUAUAUACACACACACAAAAACUACUACUAUAUAUAUAUAU